GCGUCUACGGACAAAACAUAGCAGCGGCCGGAAAUUUGAAAAUUUUGCACUCGUUUCACUUCCCGAGCGGUAUUUCGCACAAUAUUUGACAAAUCCUUGGCUUAGUAAUUCAGUCUCUAGCUUUUGAUGGAAGUUGACGACGCACCUGUGGCAUCUGACGAUGUGAUAAAAACCUUUGUCGAUGAGGUGGAGCAUACUGCUCGUCAAGCUCGCGUCGCUGCCCACAGCCAUGUGAAAGGGCUUGGACUUGAUCCUAGCACCGGAGAAGCUCUGCCCAAUGCAGGGGGACUUGUUGGUCAAGCUCUUGCUCGCACAUCUGCUGGUGUCAUCGUUGAUCUUGUCAGAGCGAAAAAUAUGGCUGGUAGAGCUGUGCUUUUUGCAGGACCUCCAGGAACAGGUAAGACAGCGAUAGCUUUGGCAAUGGCUCAGGAACUCGGGGAUAAAGUGCCUUUCUGCCCAAUCGUUGCCUCGGAAGUCUACUCAAGCGAAGUGAAAAAAACCGAAGUGCUUAUGGAAAAUUUUAGAAGAGCGAUAGGAUUGCGUGUUAAGGAAAAGAAAGAAGUUUACGAAGGUGAAGUAACUGAGCUUACUCCUGUCGAGACUGCAAACCCUCUCGGCGGUUAUGGUAAAACUAUCUCGCAUGUGGUUGUCUCAUUGAAAACAGCCAAAGGUAGCAAGCAACUCAAGCUGGACCCUAGCAUUUAUGAUACUAUUCUCAAGCAAAGGAUAGAAAUAGGCGACGUGAUAUAUAUCGAAGCUAACAGUGGUGCAGUAAAGCGGCUAGGACGCUGUGAUGUUUACGCCUCGGAAUUUGACCUCGAAGCGGAUGAAUUUGUUCCAUUACCCAAAGGUGAUGUGCACAAGACUAAGGAGUUAGUACAGGAUGUCACCUUGCAUGAUCUCGAUAUGGCUAAUGCUCGUCCACAGGGACAACAAGGCAGUCUCAGCCUUAUGUUUAGUCAGCUGUUCAAACCAAAAAAGACGGAAAUUACUGAUAAACUUCGGAGUGAAAUCAAUAAUGUUGUCAACGAUUAUAUAGACCAGGGUGUAGCAGAGUUGAUGCCUGGUGUGUUGUUUAUUGAUGAGGUGCACAUGCUGGAUAUUGAAUGUUUCACUUAUCUUCAUCGUGCUCUUGAAAGUACGAUCAGUCCUGUUGUCAUAUUUGCGACAAAUAGAGGCGUCAGCAAAGUGAGGGGAACAGACGAGUUAUCUCCACAUGGAAUACCACGAGACUUACUUGAUCGACUACUUAUCAUUCCUACCGUCGAAUAUUCUCUAGAAGAACUCAAAAAAAUAAUCUCCAUUCGAGCAUCUGCAGAACAUGUAAAUCUGUCGCCGUCAUGCCUCAAAAUUGUAGCUGAACUCGCACACGAAACAUCUAUGAGAGCUGUGACACAACUUCUCACUCCCGCACUCCUGCUUGCGCAAGCAAAUGGACGUGAAAACGUUGAGGAUGAGGACAUCAAAGAGAUAGCUGAACUUUUUGUUGUUAACCGGCACGCCAAUUUCCACUGAAUGUAUCGCAUGGAAGGUGCUUUUAAGUUGUUACUGUUAUCCCGUUGUUGUUAAGCAUUUUGCAAUUUGACGCUACAUUGUGAUUCUCAUUUCGUUCUUGUUAUUAUAUAUUAUAUCUAGAAAGUGACCACCGCAGAUAUAAAAAUGAAUUUUUUAUUGCUGAAUAUAAAUCAGGUUAUGCAUAUAGCUAAUUAAAUACGCUAUCCUUGUCGUCA